UAAUUAAUGGCAAAGACGAGGGAGCACAUUUCAGUAAAAAGAAAUCAUUAGUUGAGACUGGUAAGAGAUGUAAGACUCGUUUCUUUGGGUUUGGAACUCCACAAGAAACAAAAACAAAAAGUACGAGAGAAAAUAAGAGGAGUGAUGAGCUCUCUCCGGAUCAACAGAAGAAAGGCCACGGUGGAUUUCACAAAGUUCGGUUCAAAGGUAGACGUCACAUAAGAAAUGCUAUUUACACAGGACGGGUGGUGCUCCAGAACAAGCUAUCAGUAAAUUGGUUUUAUCACAAGGCUAGAAAGAAGGAGUUGAUGGUUAUGAAUAUUCUCGUUAAGGCACUGAGACAGAUAGACCCGAAAGAAUCAGAUGGCAGGAUAUCUUUGAAGCUUCCAGAACCCUUUUGGAGUCUCUUUGGUGAUAGCUUUAAGGAGAUGAAGGUUUUACUAGGGGUAACAGGCUUGGAGGAAAAUCAGGAAGAAGGGCUGCGACGUUGGAACAAGGGUCUGAAGAUAAUAAAGUUGUGCACGAGACAUGGGUUUAAGAGUUUCAGAUUUUUAAGAAGCGUGAAGAUGCGGAUAUGGCGGUUAUUGAAGACUUCACGUAGGAAUCAACUUUCUGAAUUCUCUUCGGCAAAUCAAGCAUGGAAACCUGGUGGUACUGUUUCGCUAAACACUUCAGUCUGGCUUGAGAUUUAUCACCGUCAUGGUGGGAAGUGGAAGUCUAAACUUGUGAGACUUUAUGCCGAGGCGAAGAGCUUAAGACGCAGCAGACUGGAGAGAGCUUACUGUGUUGGUAAAAUUCAGGAGGCGUCAAGGGUUACGAAACGUUUAAGGACUGAGAGAGGGAAGGCGAUCCUUAUUGCAGCAGUGGAGAAUUGUUUAAGUUAUUGUGAAGGUGCUGCUAGCCAAAAUUCCAACGUCGAUGACAACCGUGUGUGGAAUCCUGGAGCUGUAGAGGUUGAAGGAGACAAGAGCUGUAGCAGUGUUAUAGCUGAGAAGUUGUGGAAUGCGGAGAAUAGAAAAAUUUCUGUUAUGGACGUUCACACAAAUUCUGAAAACGAGGUCAAGUGGGUGGUCGUUCUAAGUGUUACACUGACGCUAGAGAGUCAGAAAAGCUUUUCAAGUCCUGAAUAUGUGAUCACAGUUCAAGCUUUUUGCUUUUGGAGCCUCGAGGACAAGGCUGCUAUUCUAUCGGGGAGUAGACUGAAGUUCUAUGGGGAGAAGAUUGAGUGGAUUUGUGGCGUAUGGGAUCCUGGUGUAGCAGGUUAUGGACAAGCCAAAGAGGUGACAGGAGGUAUUAUUUUGAUGGCGAAGCAUGAUCCUAUCAAGUACGUGGUAAGGGUUUAUAAGAAGCGGCUAAGGCUGAGAAAGGUUCUUGCUCAGGUAAGAAAACUUGACAAUCUGAGUUUGACAGAAGCAUGUAAACGCACUUAUGCAGGGAUAUCAUACACUGGUGUGGCUGUUGGAGAUGUUCGAAAAGAGUUAAUGGGCCAAGAUCAGAGAAGCCCAUCAGUGAAGGACAACUUUGGUGCUAUUGACAAAUUUGACAAAAUUUAA